GAGCUCUCAGAUUUCGCGCGCUAUUCGUCGUUAAAUAACGGCCGCCGUGCACCGGUUGCGCCGCGCGCGCUGCUUACAGAAAUCACCAAUAAACCCCAAACGCCUCCGAGGCGGCGAAACGCAGCCAUGCGCGCGCUCCUGCUAGGUAUCCACCUCACCACCUCAUAUGCUCUCGUGGCCCCGCGCGGCGGCGCGCGCCGACUCACGUCCACCCAAUUGCACGUCUUCAAGGAGCCCACCACGCCCAAGCCCGUCGAGGCUCCGAGAAGACCCAAGUCCAAGCUCCGGCCGCGCGACCCGUCGCUCUACAUGGAGCCGGUGCCCUUGGUGCCCGACGCCGAGGGCAACUGGGAGCCCCUCGUGAGCGAGAUCUGGACCGACGUCGAGAAGAUGUCGAAAUUGGCGGAGACGAAUUUUAAAGCUGAGUUGAGCCGCUUCAGAGACUUCUGCGAUCACUAUAGAACCGCUAGAGGGACCAUCGAGAGCAAUGGCAGGACGCUAUCCGCCCAGACGCGAUUGUUCGACGUCGACUUCGACGACGCCGGGCCCAUCCGCAAGACGAAGGACCACAAGUGGGUCCGGAAGCUCGCCAAGCGCGUCCACCCGAUCGUCCUGGAGGAGUACGAGCAGGCGCUGAACCCGACGACGACGCGCAACGGCACCUGGGCCACGCGCAAGCAGAUCACGUGGUCGAACACGCAAGUCAUGGCCGUUCGCGGUACGCCGUGGGACGCUCCCCCGACGGCAAGCGAGGAGGAGGAGGUCGCCGACCCGAAGGCGGGCAUGGACGAGGCCGCGCGCGAUGCCGCGGCGGCGGCCGAGGAGAUGAGUGCGGGCGACGGCGACGCGCCUACCCGGAGCACGCCUCCCGCGGAGGAGAUGGUUUCUGUUGUGGAAGAACCGCCUCUGGAUCCGACCCAGUACCAGCAGCUGUUGCUGCAGCAGGUCACGCCGCUGAAGACGGGGGUGUUGCGCUUCCCGCGCACAAUGAAGGCUCUGGGCCGGUACGAAGCUACGUCUCCGCCGCCUCGCCACGUCAUCAUCUCGCGACUGCCUCCCGGUUGUUCUACUGAGCCUAGAUCCGAUUUACAAAACUUCCUGCUCACCACUCAUAUCCCUUUAUCGGGCCAAGGCGAACUCACGUGCGGCGGCGAGACCGUGGCCUACGAAGAGGCGAAGCCGGUCGUCUUCGACAGCACGAGAUCCUAUUCGAUCAAGAACACGGGCUCCGAAGAUUUACUCUUAUUACACGUCGACUUCUGGCACCCGGCGGUCACGGAGGACGAGAAGCAGAUGCUGGCCUACUUCUGGAUGCUCUGGCAGUUCGACCAGUACCAUCCCAGCACCCGGGCCAAGUACACGCGCCGCGUCAACUUCCGGAAGGACCAGGAGCGCCGCGAGCGCGAGGAGCGGCGCAAGGCCAUCAAGCGCUCGGACAAGAAGGACGGCGGCGGCGGCGGCGGCGGCGGCUCGAUCGCGCGCAAGUAGAUUACUAGUCGCCUCCUGUGCACAUUAACUAACUAAAC